CAGUUUUUCCACUACAGCCAACUCAUUCAGCAUCUCAUCUUUCACUUCGAACAGCAUAUCAGGUUAUAACUUGAUCGACAGACAAAUUCACUGACAAGACAAAGCACGAGAGACUACAUUGGGAACUGGAGUCAUGGCUGAUCAACGCCUCAAAGACAGAAUUGCCGUCAUCACUGGAGCUUCUUCUGGCCUUGGCAAAGCGACAGCAUUCAAGUUUGCCGCAGCAGGAGCACGCAUAGUCUGCGCCGACCUCAAAUCUGUCAGUGUCGAGGAUGAGCUCAAUUCUAAGCAUGGUCCGAACACUGCCAUCUUCGUUGCCUGCGAUGUCACCAAAGAAGAUCAAAUCCAGAAUCUCAUCCAAGAAGCAGUAAAGUUCGGUGGCCGACUUGAUGCCAUCCUCAACUACGCAGGCAUUGCCCUCGAGACCAAGUAUGAAGUGUGCAGAGUCGACACCUUUACCACGGAAGACUUUGAUCUCGAAAUGGCAAUCAAUUGCAGAGGCGUGUGGCUGUGCUGCAAGUAUGCAAUCCAGCAGAUGCUCAAACAAGAGCCUCGGGCACCAAACGCUCGUGGCGACAAGACACGAGGAUGGAUUGUGAACGCUGCAAGCAUUAUGGGAACUGUCACGACUCCAGGCACGCCAGCAUAUGCACCUUCAAAAUGGGCUGUCGUGGGAAUGACGAAGCAAAUGGGUGCCGAAUAUGCGAAGGAUCGUAUCCACGUGAAUGCCUUGUGUCCUGGAUACAUCCACACUCCCAUGAUCGCUCCAGUCACGGCUAACGAACAGGGCCUUGCGUACCUCUCCGCGAGGCAUCCUUGGGGUGAACUGGGAAGACCAGAAGACAUUGCAGAUGCAGCAUUGUUCCUGUGCAGUGACGAAAGGUAA